AUGUUCUACUUCCACUGCCCCCCGCAGCUAGAAGGUGAGUGGUGUCACACCGACACGUGUGUGUGGUUCCAAAAUCGAAGAGCUAAAUGGAGGAAGACAGAGAGGGGCGCUUCUGACCAAGAGGGCUCCAAGGAAACCAUGGCUGAGGUGGCACCUCCCGCGAGGAAUUUAAAUUCCCCUUCUCCAGCAGAUCAAACCAGGAAUAAAAAAGAGGGCCUGGAGAUCCAGCAGAGCCUGAGUCGAGCAGUGGGGCCCACAGGAUCUUUCUUCCCUUCCUGCCUGCCGGGGACUCUUCUCAACACAGCCACCUACGCCCAGGCCUUAUCCCAUGUCGCCUCUCUAAAAGGGAGCCCGCUGUGCUCGUGCUGCGUCCCAGACCCCAUGGGCCUCUCCUUCCUGCCCACCUACGGCUGCCAAAGCAACCGCACGGCCAGCGUGGCCGCCCUGCGCAUGAAGGCCCGGGAGCACUCGGAGGCCGUGCUCCAGUCUGCCAACCUCCUGCCCACCACCAGCAGCAGCCCCACUCCUCCUGCCAAACCUGGCCCCGAGGGCAGCCAGGACAAACAGCCCUCUCCGGCCAAGGAGCACAUGGAAGGAGAGAAGAAUGUAUGAGGCCGGACUGGCUGCCAUAUUCCCCCGGCUCAGGGCAGGAACUGCAGUGUGGCCAUGCCCCGGGACUGGACGUCACGGGGCUACCAGGGACCCGGCACAUCCGAGUGGCCUCUUUGUCUGCCCCAUUUCACUCGUCCUUGCUUUUCUUGCGCCGCUGUAGGUUCAUUCCCCUGAUUUAUUGGCACUAUCUGUGUUUGAAAACAUUCGUGAAACUGUUUUUAGCCCCCAUUCUCCGCAUCCCAGGGACAUCGAAACGAUCCUGGCUUGCUCCUGCGCACCUCAGGUCCCCAUCCUGUGUGGGAUGGAGGGCAGGCAGCUCUGCAAUGCUUCCAGACGUGAGAUCCAGGGGCAGGAGAAGCAUCCAGGCAUCAUUUACCCUACCGCACACAGCAGAGGUGAAGGAAAACGCAGGUAUAAACCAGUUACCCCAUUCUACCCCUCUCUGGCAGGGCUGAUCCUGCAUGUUGUGCUGAGGACCUCCUGCAACGUGCUGAGAACACGCUUUUACAUUGGCUUCUCACAGGAUCUGAGCCUGAGGAAGUGCUUGGAAAGGCAGUCCCAAGUAAUGUUGGCAGCAAAAAUUUCUCCACCUUAACCCGGCUGAUCUCAGCCUCCAAAUUUCACAGAACCUGGGACUUCUCUGGGGCUCACACGACCUUCCUGUAACCCCAGUGCACACCUUGGACACAGCUUGGUAUUGGUGCCCAUUCAAAGGGUGGAAGCCCUGGUCUUCAGGGAGUGGCUUGGUACCACCAAGUACCUUCAUUGCUCCAAGAGUGAAGGGUACAGGUCAUCCCCCCAGGGUGGGAUUUGUUCCUUCUGGAGACAAAGACUGGGGAGGGCAGAGUUGGAUCUGUCCUUGGAUCCGAGUACAAAGAAAAGUCCAACAGGGCUUAUAUUCAUCAAAUGGAGACAUUUUGCUUUACUUUUGCCACACCAUGUGUUCUUUUUGCCAAUGCUGAAUGUGCAGUAGUCUGUGACCCACCUUUGUGUUCCAGCUUCAGGAGCUCCUCUGCUGAACCGUAAGUGGAGGUGACUUCCCCAGCUGCAAAUUAUGGCUUAGUUUACACAACAGCAGCAACCUUUUUCUUCCCCCAGAAUAAAACAAAUUUCUGUAUACUUUGUUGUGGGGAGCAGUCGGAGAAGAGAGAAUCACUGUUUUCUUUGUCAUCUUCCCAAUUAUAAUUUUUUUUUUUUUGUGGCCACCCCCAAAAAACAAGACUAAAAUAAAAUUUCCAUUCCAAAGAGGCAGGCCCAACUUCAUUUCAACAUAAUUACCUUGCAUUCAGUUGAACUUCAGCCCUUCUGUACACUAACUCUUCAAUCUAAUUGUUUGAUUAAACUCGUAUUUCCUCCAGAAAGGUACAUAAAUAAGUGAAUUGUUGAGCAAAUUAAGAAUACUUAACAGCAUUGCAUCUGAAAAGUAGUUACGCUGAUUAAAUUUUCUGUCCUUGAGGAUUUUCAGGAAAUUACUUUUGAUCGUCAAUAACACAAUUAAGUAAACUACACGCACAUUAGCAUGAAUAAUUGAUAAGAAAUUAUGUAUUACCACGAAGCACUGAUUUAAUAAUUCAUGAUGCGACACUCUAGUGACUGUGCAAAACUGGAUAACAUCGACAAGUCUGCCUGAUGUUGCUGGAAAUGCUGCAAUUACAAACAAGUCCAUAGUUUUGUUGUACAGUAAAGAAAAAGUAUCCGCUGCAUGCUGUAGUUUCUGUUUGUU